GUGUUUUUUUCAUAUGUGUUAUCGGAUAGCGGUAUAGAGGCGUUGUUUCGGGAAGCUUCACUGGUCCUUUGUCCAGGUGAUCAAUUAGAUAUUUUUAUAGCCUAACUGUUGUUGAACCUCCAGUGCCAGCGAUUGUGUCCCAGGAAACCUUAUUGAAGAUUGGUUGCUAUGUGGCUGAUAUGGAUGACAACAAUUCUUCUACUGUCAAGUGAAGCAACAGCCAAUCGAAUUUGGGAGUCCAUUUACCAGGAUCUGGAUGCAACAUACAGCUGCUUCAAGAUUUUGAAUGGAACACAUGAAUUUGGCUGCAGAGCCGACUUCACCGGCAACGUGGGCCUACUGCGAGUGGUGAACUCGAGUGCUGACCUGACGCGGCUAACGACCUCCGGCGAGCGGCAGUCGGUGGUGGCCGUGGUGCCGCGCCAAUGGUUCACCGUGGACACACUACAGCGGCUGGAGAGGAUGACGGCCGACCCCGAUCAGGGUGACGUGAAGGGCGUGAUUCUGAUGCUGCCUGACGAGGACUGGGGCCCGGACGAGGCCUUUCAGUACUCUGAGGACGACAGCUGCCCGAACCGCUGGUCCAGUUUUUACCGGUCCGACCCCGCUUCGGCCGAGUUCCGCUAUUGUCCGAAGACGCCGUGGAACCCGGCCGGCACCGGCAUGUUCAAGCGCAGCUGGAGCUUCCCCAUCAUCCUGCUGAAGAACCAGACGCAGAUCGACGACCUGGUGAAGUGCCACCACCAGUACAACUCGGCCGGCGCGGAGGGUCCGUGGCCGCGCUGCGCCGCCCAGAUGAAGACCUUCAUGUCAGCUGCCGGUAACUCCGAGAUCUGCUGGCGACGCUCGCAGAGACAGAACCUGCUCGCCACACAGACGGGCGCGUUUUGCUCGCCUAUGGGCUCCACCAACCUGUUCAGCACUUGGCUGCCGCCGGCGGCGGCACCGGCGCCGGCCGCUGACACGGUGCUGGUGGCGGCGCGUACGGAUGGGGCCACCAUGUUCGACCGGCUGGCGCCCGGCGCUGACUCGGCCGUGGUGGGAAUGGUCGCCCUGAUGGCAGCCGCACGAGCCAUGGCCGACCUCACCCCGCCUCAGAAUACCACCACCAACGUCAUGUUCAUGCUCUUCAGCGGGGAGAGUUUCGACUACAUCGGCUCGGAUCGAAUGGUGUACGACAUGUCGCUGGGCAAGUUCCCGCCGCAGGCCGUGGUCCCUGACGAUGAGAAGGCUGGCUCGAAGCGCCGUCCAGCGCCAAUGCGCCUCUCGAACGUCAGCUACUACCUGGAGCUGAACCAGCUGGCGCGAGGGACACCGCUCUUUCUACACUCGGAUCCCGUUACUCGUCGCAAGAGCCCGCAGGUGGACAGCAAGGUCCGAGAGCUGAUGAACAGUCUGCGAACCUACGCCGAUCCGGGCCGGUACGACGUACCGCUGGCGGAUCCGGCGCCGGGCACGCCGCUGCCGCCCUCCUCUCUGCACGCGCUGCUGAGGGGAAACGACACCGUGCCGGGACUGGUGGUGACCGACCACAACCAGAGCUACACUAACAGUUUCUUCCACAGCGUGUACGACGUACGCUCGACAGUGACGACCGGUGGCGACUUGACGGAGCUGGCAGACCGGCUGUCUCGGCUGGCCCAGGUGGUGGCGAGCGCUGCCUACGGCCUGGCCACCGGGCAGACGGCGCCCGACGUCACUGUGGAUAAAAAAUGGGUGGCCGACCUGUUGGAGUGCUACCUGGUGCGUGCCAACUGCUCCCUCUUCAGAGACGCUAUGGAUUCGGAGAUGAGCGACAAAACGCUCACCAGACUCUGGCAGAAGAACAGGCCGCUGCCCACCUAUGUGUCGGUGGCAGGCCAGGCGACGAUGCACUCGUACCUGAUGCGUCUGACCCACAACGUGCUGUCGCGCUGGACGGGCGAGACGCUGGCGAACGUGACGAACGCUGACAAGUGCCGUAACGACACGGAUCGGAUCUACUCGCAUCGCUGGCUGAUCAGACAGCUGGAGAAUGGCACACUGAGCGGAUACUGCACGCGGUCACUGGUGGAGGUUUCGAGCGCCGUCAGCCCUGCAUUCGAGAUAGAUGACUACGACUGGUCGUCCGGCGACCACCCGACUUGGGCCGAGUCGCAGUGGAUCGGCUUCGAACUGCGCAUCUUCCUGAUGCCGUCUCUGGGCCACGAGCUGCUGCACCUGCUGCUGGGGCUGACGGUGACGCUGCUGGCCGUCGGUCUGGUGCUGCUGGCAGAGCGGCGAGGCCACCUGCUGUUCGAGUCGCCCAGGUACGAGAUACAGAGCUAGGAACGCGACGCAAACCAGGUACUGUUGGCAGAUUACGACCGCUGCGCUCGGCCGGCGCGGGUGGCCAGUACGGCUCUCUGACAGAGCCCGUCGCCACGUGAGCGGGCGCCCGCCACGUGCACCGCACGGGAUACGCGGCCACGUGGCGCCGCCGGCGGGUGCGGUGCGGUCGGCGGAACUCGUGGGACUCGAGCGGCCGUGGUGCGCCGGUCUCUGCGUCUGUACGUCGGUCCGGGAGCUGGCCCAGCUGUGCCGAGUACCUGGUUUGCGGUGAGCGGAUGCGACUGUGUGCGGUGGCGGCGUGGGUGAGUUGCGACCGCUAGCCGCCUGCGGUUGCGGUUAGCCCAUCUGUGUGCGCGCGUAGGGAGAGCCCGAGCGGUCGCCGCCGGCCCACCUGUGAUAUCGAGUCAUUGGCGCGGAUGUUAGAGACCCACCCCGUGGAUGAGUGAGAUAGUUGGUCGAGCGCAACCCCAGGGCAGGGAGAUCCGUGUCAGACGAGUCACUCCGCGACUGUGGACGUGGACCGCGGACUGUGGGACAGACCAUGGAGUGUGGACUGUGGAAACAGACCACUAAGGGCGUACAUACCUCUGACUGUUGACGUAAAUUACUACAGACGGUGGGUUAGAUCGCGAACUGAGGGGAUGGAGCAGACCAUGGAUGAUCGGUAGAUCACGAACUGAGAGGGAGAGGACAGACCAUGGACUGUGGGGUAGACCAUGGGCUGUAAGCGUAUGCCACUGACUGUGGGGCUGACAAUUUAUUAAGAGCAAACCUCUGAUUGGACGCAAACUACGGACUGUUCAUGUUGACGUAUGGUACGGGCGGUGGGGGGUAGGUCACGGGCUGUGGGGAAUUGGGGGUAGACCACGAACUUUGGAGCCAGACCACUGGCUCUGGGGACAGACCGUGAACUAUAGGCUCGAAGUACGAACUGUGGGAGUCAUGGGCCACUGCCUGAAAGUGACAGACCAGGGGUGACCGCAGACAAUGAGCUGCGGGGUAGACUACGACCACGAGCUGUGGGGACAGACCUAGGACUUUGGACGCAGACCACGGACUGUAGGGGUAGACCACGUACUGUGGACGUACACCACGUACUGUGGACGUACACCACGUACUGUGGACGUACACCACGUACUGUGGACGUACACCACGUACUGUGGACGUACACCACGUACUGUGGACGUACACCACGUACUGUGGACGUACACAACGUACUGUGGACGUACACCACGUACUGUGGACGGACACCACGUACUGUGGACGUACACCACGUACUGUGAGGACAGACCAUGAGCUAUGGUCUGUCCUCACAGCUGUGGAUGCAAACUACGGACGGACUGUAGGGCAAAUCACGAAAUGGAGACAGACGAAGGGCUGUGGAGACAGGAUACUGACUCUGGGGGUAGACCACGAAUUGGGGGAGACCACAGGCUGUUCGCGCAGAACACGGACUGCGGAGGCAAACAGAAGACUGUGGGACAGACAACGGGUUAUGGACGAAGAGCACGGACUAUUGACGGAGACCCCGGGCUGUGUUCUGCCCACACAGACCGACCAGACGCCUUGAUGUCCGCGAUGUUGCGGAAUGUACAACUAAUCGAUACCAAUGCGUACCACUAGUGUACUUCUGAUGCAGACAUUCCGAUCCACGUAUUAAUGAAUGUGUACCCUCACCAAUCACUGUUCAUAUGUUUUUUGUUGCUGUCGUCCAAGUUAAUCACAUAUGUUUCAACGGGCGCUACGAUCGCGGGCAGGAUGUGUAUUGAUGUGGUGAUCCUGUGUUGGAAUAUCCCAACACGCGUGUCCCUUCCCGAUCUCGACGGGUGCCCGUUUAUGUACCGCUAACGUUAUCUAGUAUAAUUUAUUAUCUUGUGUAAUCCAUUGACCGAUGAGGUGUGUGAUGAGUGUUAAUCGUGCUUACUCUAGGGAUGCUUCAACUCAUGUAUUCUUUCGUCAAUGACCUCACAAUAUACGGCUUGCUUCUUUUAA